GAAAUUAUGGAGAGUCGCGUGUCAGCUCUGUUGGAGCCAUGGGCGGACCUAAGCGACAAGGUCGUGAUGGUAACCGGUGCCUCGUCGGGGCUUGGCCGGGAUUUCUGCCUUGACCUCGCCAGAGCCGGUUGCAAGGUCGUGGCUGCGGCUCGGCGCCGUGAUCGUCUCAUCUCACUCUGCGACGAGAUCAACCAGCUCCACCCGGCUGUUUCAGGGCCUCGCGUAGUGGCCUUUGAGCUCGAUGUUUGUGCCGAUGGAGCCAAGAUCGAUGAGUCUGUACAGAAGGCUUGGGCCGCGUUUGGGAGAAUCGAUGCCCUUGUCAACAACGCUGGGGUUAGAGGCAGUGUGAAGAAUCCAUUGGAAUUGUCAGAGGAAGAAUGGAACCAUGUUAUCAAGACAAAUUUAACAGGCACCUGGUUGGUGUCUAAAUAUGUCUGCAAACGUAUGCGUGAUGCGAAUCAGGGAGGAUCAAUCAUAAACAUUUCCUCCAUUGCUGGUAUUGAUCGGGGGCAGUUACCUGGAGCUGUAGCCUAUGCUGCUUCGAAGGCUGGCCUGAACGCCAUGACAAAGACGAUGGCGCUUGAAUUGGGGGUGUACAAGAUCAGAGUGAACUCGAUAUCUCCUGGACUAUUCAAAUCGGAGAUCACACAGGGUCUUAUGCAGAGAGAAUGGCUAACCACUGUUGCCAUGAAAACGGUUCCAUUGAGGACUUAUGGUACUGUGGAUCCAGCAUUGACAACGCUUGUUCGCUACCUGAUCCACGACUCUUCAGAAUAUGUCACCGGAAACAUCUUUAUUGUCGAUGCAGGAGCCACUCUUCCUGGGGUUCCCAUUUUUUCUUCUCUGUGAAGAUCUUUGUCUCUAAUGGUUUAGCUCGGAACUCCCAUGCAGACGACAGAAUUUCAGUUGGCUUUAGUUUUAAUUGUGUUGGGAGGAGAAGCUAACCUCAUGGUACUGUAAUUCUUUGGGUUUCAUACGAAAACUCAUGAUGUAUUUGCUCAUAAGAAUGUUAUAUCCAAAAACGUUAGCGACACUAUAUAAGUUUUUUUUCCUUUGACAUUCGAUAUGGAUCUAUUUGUUCCCAAUGAGAAUUAAACUCUAGACCUCCCUA